AUGAAUACCAGAAAACCAUCCAAACUAUCCCUGUUAGGUGCCAACGAUAAUUCGGAUCUAGAAUCCUUGAAUGGGAAUCGUUCAAGUCAGGUACAGUUCGGCAGCAGUGCAGUGCAGUACAAACGAUUUAAAGAUGGCUACCGUGGAUACCUUACCUUAAAUAAGUCUCAUCUCAGGAACUCCCCAAAAGAAGAGCUGAAGGUUGUGUUCGUUGUUCUUGGCCUGAUACAGGUAGACAGCCGGAAAGACGCAGCAACGAUUGUGGAGCAUGCCUAUAUAAAUACAGGAUGGAUGGCUCAACAAUCUGAAUGA